AUGGGUGAACAUGAGCAGAUAAGGUCGUCGGCCGCUCUGCCGACGGCGCUCUGCAACUCAAUCCAGGCUCUCGGAAGAGGCUUCGACGUCACCUCCGAUAUUCGCCUUCUCUACUGCAAAGGCGCUCAUGGCUCCAGGCUUGUGCAGAUUGACGAGGCUCGGACCAGAGAUCUCCCUCUCUCCGGCGGUCUUCUUCUGCCGAAUGUCUCCGUCGAUAUCGAUUGCUCUCCGCAGGAAACAAGAACCGAGAGAGUUCCCGUUUGCUCCUUCCAUGUGAUGGCAGAAAUCUUUAAUAAGAGAUCUGGUAUAUCAGGCAUUAUUCCCCUUGGAAGCUUUAAUUCCAUGUUCAAUUUCACCGGCUCUUGGCAAGUUGAUGCAGCAGUUACCAAAUCACUUGCAAUGGUUGGAUACCUAAUUCCUCUGUAUAAAGUUAAACUAGAAAAGCAAAAUUUAGUCUUGCAUGAAGAAGUCAAGCAUGCUGUUCCGCACACUUGGGAUCCUGCAUCAUUGGCAAGUUUCAUUGAAAAUUUUGGUACUCAUGUUGUUACGUCUGCAACUAUUGGUGGAAGAGAUGUGGUUUACAUCAGGCAACACCAGUCAUCUCCUUUGUCAGCAAUGGACAUUGAGAAUUAUGUGAAUGACAUGGGUGAUCAUAGGUUUCAGGACUCCACAAGCCAGUCAAGCGCUGGCCCCUUAAAGUACAAAGAUAAGGGUGUAACAGUUAUUUUUAGAAGACGAGGUGGGGAUGAUCUUGAGCAAAGUCAUGCCAAGUGGGCAGAGACAGUAAGAUUAGCACCAGAUGUGAUCAACAUGACGUUUACUCCCAUUGUUUCUUUACUUGAAGGAGUACCUGGAAUAAAGCAUUUAGCCCGUGCAAUUGACUUAUAUUUGGAGUACAAGCCACCUAUUGAAGAUCUGCAGUAUUUCUUGGAUUUUCAAAUUGCACGAGCUUGGGCCCCUGAGGUGAAUAAUCUACAGAGAAAGGAACCCGUGUGUUCAUCUCUUCAGUUCAGCUUGAUGGGUCCAAAGCUUUAUGUUAGCCCGGAUCAGGUAACUGUAGGCCGCAAGCCUGUCACUGGUCUUAGACUUGGCCUUGAGGGCAUCAAGCAAAACCGGCUUUCCGUACAUUUGCAGCAUUUAGUGUCUCUUCCUAAAAUCCUUCAACCUCACUGGGACAUUCACGUGGCCAUCGGUGCCCCUAGAUGGCAUGGUCCAGAGGAGCAAGAUAGCCGUUGGUUUGAACCAAUUAAGUGGAAGAACUUCUCCCAUGUAAGCACUGCGCCAAUAGAGUACACAGAUACUUGCAUAGGAGACCUUUCAGGUGUUCAUAUUGUCACCGGAGCUCAACUUGGUGUCUGGGAUUUCGGCGCCAAAAAUGUCUUGCACCUCAAACUUCUCUUCUCCAAAGUUCCAGGUUGCACAAUAAGGCGGUCUGUUUGGGAUCACAACCCUUCCACCGCAUCUUCCGUGCAAAAGCCCGAUGGCUCUUCUUCAUCAUAUGUAAACAGCAGAACCCCGGACGAUAAAAAGGAGGAUAGCUCAACCCAAACCGGGAAAUUAGCGAAAAUUGUAGACAUGACGGAAAUGUUAAAGGGUCCGCAGGACAUUCCAGGUCAUUGGUUGGUCACGGGUGCCAAGCUCGGAGUAGACAAGGGAAAGAUUGUAUUGAGAGUGAAAUAUUCCUUGCUGAAUUAUUGAUCAUCUUUUGUGCUUUGUAAUUUUAGGCUUUCCCACUAGGAAUUUAGUUGAGCAUUCUUUGCACAGCCUGUCCCUGUUAUUUUGUUUUGUACAUUUUGUUCUUUUUUCUUGUGAAGUCAUCUCGGUUGCUAGUCACAAUCAUUAUUUGUCUGAGAGGUCUUUUUUUUUUUUCUUUACAAAAUUUAUUUUACAUAAUUUGUUCAUCACAAAACAAGAUUAUGCUUCUGAGUAAUAAUAGAUUUGUCUUAGUUUA